UGUUAACGGCAGUGUAAGUUGUAAUCUUUGUUGGUAAUUCUGGGUUUUAUGAAGUUAUAAACAAGUGGAAUUUGUUUAUUUAUUAUCUGUGUUUUAUUUUCGAAAUAUGCAGGCUUGCUGGGCUCGCUUUUAUGUUUUCAGCUAGUAUACUGUUACAAAUUCUGGCUUGUGCAUUAUAUAACAACUGGUGGCCGAUGCUUUCAGCUCUCAUGUAUGUCCUGGUGCCAAUGCCUUGUUUAUUCUUUGGAGGUGGAUCAACUCAGUUUCUAACCAGUCGGGAUGGUGGGGGAUGGAUAGAUGCUGCCAAAUUUCUUACAGGGGCAUCUGCUGUUGGGAGCUUUGCAAUUCCCAUUAUUCUCAGGCAUGCUCACAUGAUUUCAACCGGUGCAAUGUUCAUCGAAUUUACAUCAUUCAUCAUAUUCGUUUGCACAGUCUUGUGUUUUCACCGUGCUAGCCUUGAAGACGACUGGUGAUAGAUGCCCUCCCGGAAAUUUUCACCUACACUUAUGUAUGUCAUUCACCUAGAUCUCUGAUAGUUUGUUUACUUCUCCAUUUGCAAAGGAAAUGAAACAGGAACUUUUCCCUUUUUAAAGCCCUUAGUGUAUAUUUUUGAACAACUGUUGGCUUUAUUUCUUCUUGUUUUUCUCCUUGUAUUAUGAUUUGCCUUCCUCUUUUUGACAAUGGAAUAAUUGUUGCUAGACAAGUACUUAUCAAUCUGAUCCAUCAAUCCAAUGGGUUGAUUACAAACAA